GUUGCAUUCAGGUGCGCUCGGUUUUUUUUUUCCGCUCUUCUCUGCACCUGUUCGGGAAGUUGAACCAAUAAACUCCUCCUCUUCUUCUCAGUCCCGUACUAUUGAGGGAAAUGACGAGUCCAAAGAAGGACUGGUUAACGAAGAGAAAGGCCCUGCCCUCCUGUGAACAUCUGUUCUUACAUCACGUGAACAAGAUGGGGAAGAUCGAGUGGGCGAUGUGGGCCAAUGAGCAGGCUCUGGCUUCAGGUCUCAUUCUUCUUACUGGAGGAAUAGUGGGGGUGGCUGGCCAGUUCAGAGGCUGGGAGUUUGCUGCCUAUGCUGUUGCCGCCGGUGUGUUUGUGUGUCUGCUUGAGUAUCCCAGAAGCAAGAGGGCCAAGGGGACAAGUAUGGAAAGAUCAGGCCAGCACUGCUUCACCGUGUGCGUAAAAGCCUUUGGACCCCUGACGAGGAACUACUAUGUCCGGGCAUUUUUGCACGCUGGUGUCUGUGUACCCGGAGGGUUCAUGCUCGCCACUGUGCUCGGAUGUGUCUGCCUCGGCAUUGCCAGCCUCAUCUACCUCGCAGCUGCCAUUCGAGGCGAACACUGGGAGCCCAUUCUUCCUAGGAAGGAUACCCGGAAGCCGGUGGCAGAGAGUAUCAAGAAUCCCCCCCAGAACCCCCCACCAAGGCCUCCUCCAGAGACACGCAGGAAAGGGAAGGACGUGGAGGGAGCGGCGUACGACAACCCUAUGUCUGUUACUGAUGAUGAGUAACCAGUUCAGUGCCAUUAUAAAAAGCCACACUCCUCAGAUUAUGUGACUGUAAACAAAAUGUUUCCUGAAGUUUGUUGACAAGACAGAGAUUGAACAAAAUGUUGAGUGUGCUCCUUUUUACCUCAAGUUACAAGAAGGAAAUGAAGUGAAUGUUUGUUUUUUUUUUACAUUUGAAAGAAGAGAAAGUGCCAUACAGGCUGAACAAAUACUAUCAGUUUGCAGCACAGGUGGUGUGUUGGUGCUCACUCUGAUGAGGCUGCUUUCCUUCCUGUCAUUUAAGUUUAUGUUAGAUUUUUACAAGAUGAUAAGUUAUGUAGUCCCUCCUUUAAAGCUUUUGUGUUUGUGCUUUUCUUGAAUGCCUUGAAUUGAAGUUAUUCCAUUUAUUAGGACUGAUUUUAACUGGGAAAAAUAGGAAUAACAGACUGUAUCCAGCUGCUAUUAUAAUAUGUUUCUCUGUUCAUGCUUUUAAAGUGUUGUAAAUAAAUCCUUUGCUUUCAUUGAA